GAACCAUCGAUCCAAUUCAGGUGCCUUGGGCAAUGAAGUUGACGACAUUGUCAAUGGCCUCCAGCGCGUCCCUGCUAGCGGCGGUGCUCGGUCUGGUCCUCGCGUCGGCGCCGGUGGCGUGGUCAUGGAGCACGGAGGGGCACAUGCUCACAUGCCAGAUCGCACAGGGUCUGUUGGAGCCUGCUGCUGCACACGCCGUGAAGAACCUCCUCCCGGAGGAGGCGGGCGGCGACCUGUCGGCGCUCUGCGUGUGGCCGGACCAAGUCAGGCACUGGUACAAGUACCAGUGGACCAGCCCGCUGCACUUCAUCGACACCCCUGACAAGGCCUGCAGCUUCGCCUACUCGAGGGAUUGCCAUGACCCCAGUGGUGCCAAGGACAUGUGCGUCGCCGGCGCCAUCUCCAACUUCACCUCGCAGCUCAUGCAUUACAAGCACGGCAGUGCUGACCGCAAGUAUAACCUGACCGAAGCACUGUUAUUCUUGUCACAUUUCAUGGGAGAUGUUCAUCAGCCCAUGCAUGUGGGGUUCACAAGCGACCAAGGGGGCAAUGCAGUGAACCUACGCUGGUUCAAGCACAAGUCCAACCUCCAUCAUGUAUGGGACAGGGAGAUAAUACUCACAACACUCGCCGAAAACUACGGCAAGGACAUGGGCGCAUUCCGAAAGGACCUCGAGCACAACAUCACCAAAGGUACAUGGUCCGACGACGCAUCUUCGUGGAGAGAUUGCACAGACCUCUCGUCCUGCCCAACCAAGUAUGCCACUGAGAGCAUAGACUUGGCUUGCAAAUGGGGGUACAAUAGCGUCCACGACGGGGAUACACUGUCUGAUGAUUACUUCAGUUCGAGACUACCAAUCGUGACGCGGCGGAUCGCGCAGGGGGGAGUGAGGCUGGCCAUGUUCCUGAACCGGGUCUUCGGGGAGCACAAGCGCAACGUCGCUGCGCCGCUGCACUUGGCCGCUGAUGAUGAGCUCUAGCCACCGAUUUACGCACCUGACGUCGAUGCUGUAUACUCCUGUCACAGCCGUUGCAUUCAUGCUAUGUGCGACCUGACUUGGCAUCGAUGGUGCCUAUUACUAGUACUAAUUAAUUGUACGGGAGUGGUCAAAUGCUUCCUGAAUAAGUGAAUGUGAAUAAUUUACGCGUCCUCGUGUAGACAUUUGAUGUAGCAAAAUUUUAGGGAAUUUAUAAAGAGCAACGUAUAUUGAAAGUA